UUCCAAUUUCCUCCGGCUGCUCCGGCAAUGUCGCCUCCGUGAAACGCUCGGCCAUUUCUGGCCACCUUCAAACCCUUCAGAAACUGGAAGGCGACCUAAGUUUUGUUCUCCCCGCCAUGUUCGCUUCCUCCUUUCCCUUCUCUCGAACCCGCAUCGGCCGCGGGUUUCAAUCGCCGGCGUCGAGAUUCCUCCCCUUCAGGAAGGGAGGUUAUCGAACGACGCAUCUCCUCCGCAAAGAAUGGCACAAACCUCGUCGUAUUCUCGAUCCCGGUGGCAAUGCUGUCCUCAAAUGGAAUCGUGUAUUCCUCGUCACCUGUCUCGUCGCGCUCUUCCUCGAUCCUUUCUAUUUCUACCUAAUGUUCAUCGCAGGUCCCGCCUGCAUGAAGAUUGAUCAGGGCAUUGGUAUUACUGUUACUUUCUUUCGAACUGUCGCCGACCUGUUUUACCUCGCUCACAUGCUGCUGAAAUUCCGCACGGCAUUCGUGGCGCCGAGCUCGAGGGUGUUCGGCAGGGGUGAACUCGUGAAGGAUCCCCAUCAGAUCGCCAUGAAAUAUCUCAAAGGGGAUUUUAUUAUCGAUCUUGCAGCUAUGCUUCCGAUUCCUCAGAUACUUAUCUGGUUUGUAAUACCAGCAGUGAGUAGCUCAUCAGCCAAUCACACCAACAACACAUUAUCUAUGAUCGUCUUCUUCCAAUAUAUUCCAAGGUUGUUUCUGAUAUUUCCUCUUAAUGCACGAAUCGUCAAAGCCACAGGAGUCGUUACAAAAACUGCGUGGGCAGGAGCUGCAUAUAAUCUUCUGCUAUAUAUGCUUGCGAGCCAUGUAUUAGGGGCUCUAUGGUAUCUUUUAUCCAUGGAACGCCAAUAUACUUGCUGGAUGACAGAAUGCAUGAAAGAGAAUGGCACCAUGAAGAUGCCACCGUGCAAUCCAAGUUUUCUGGACUGUAAUAGUCUUGAGCUACCUGAGCGAAAGGCCUGGAUCAAUGCUACUAAUGUGUUAAGAAAUUGUGAUGCAACCAGUAGUAAUGUUAAUUUCAAAUUUGGCAUGUUCUCUAAUGCUCUGGAUAGUGAAGUUGUUGGAGCAACCUUCUUGGCAAAGUACCUCUAUUGUCUCUGGUGGGGCUUGCAAAAUUUGAGCUCGUAUGGACAGAAUUUGGCUACAAGCACUUACAUUGGGGAAACUUUAUUUGCCAUUCUCAUCUGUAUAAUGGGUCUUGUUCUGUUUUCACAUUUGAUAGGAAAUAUGCAGACGUAUUUGCAAUCCAUUACUGUGAGGCUUGAAGAAUGGAGAGUUAAAAGGAGGGAUAUUGAGGAGUGGAUGAGACAUCGUCAACUACCACCAGAUUUGCAAGAACGGGUUAGGAGGUUCGUUCAGUAUAAAUGGCUUGCUACAAGAGGUGUCGAUGAAGACUCAAUUUUGGGCUCCUUACCUUUGGACCUUCGUCGCGAAAUUAGAAGGCAUCUUUGUCUUGGACUAGUUCGUAGGGUCCCAUUUUUCUCUCAAAUGGAUGAUCAACUUCUAGACGCGAUAUGCGAACGAUUGGUCUCAUCCUUGAGCACCAAAGACACCUAUAUUGUCCGGGAAGGCGACCCGGUGGUCGAGAUGCUCUUCAUUAUACGAGGCCAGCUCGAGAGCUCGACUACCGACGGCGGCAGGUCCGGAUUCUUUAACUCCAUAACUCUAAGACCAGGGGAUUUCUGCGGCGAAGAGCUUCUGACAUGGGGUCUCAUGCCAAAUCCAAGCAUCAAUUUACCGCUCUCCACCCGAACCGUUCGAACCCUCACUGAAGUAGAGGCAUUCGCUCUUCGAGCUGAAGACCUGAAGUUCGUCGCAAAUCAGUUCAAGCGUCUCCACAACAAGAAGCUUCAGCAUGCUUUUAGGUUCUACUCCCACCAAUGGAGGACAUGGGGAGCCUGCUUCAUCCAGACUGCAUGGAGAAGAUACAAGAAGAAGAAGCUAGCAAUGGAACUGGCAAGCCAUGAGAAUCUCUACUACUCACCAGCCAUGGUUGAAGCAAUACCAGCUAAUGAGGAUUCUGAUGCUCCAUUGCUAGCAGAAUAUGGUGAUGUUGGUGACAAUGGUUUCAGAGGCAAUACAAGCAGCACGAAUCAAUUGGGGACGACGAUUCUGGCAUCGAAGUUUGCGGCGAAUACGAAGAGAGGAGCGCAGCAGAAGCUAAAUAGAGAUGAUCCUGUCUCCCCCAGUGUGAAGAUGCCCAAGCUAAUCAUGAAGCCGGAUGAGCCAGAUUUCUCUUUCAAUGAAGAUGGUAAGUGAAAUGUGGUGGAAGUGCAUUGUUGAAGAGAGGGAGAGAGAGAGAGUAGAAAAGGAGUUGGUGUAAGAAUAUUUUGUAGCAUGUACAUGAUUUUGGGCUUUAAUGUAUCUCAGUGAUUGUCAUACUAAAUUCAUUCUUUGCUAACUAAUAGAAACA